GAGCCUGCACAGCCUGCACCCAUGCCUCGCUCCUUCCUAGUAGAUUCCCUCAUCCUAAGGGAAUCCAAUGAGAAGAAGGAUGAAAACAGCCCCCCUCUGUUCCCCUAUGCCGUGCACCCCUCUCACCCCUUGCAUGGACUGUCUGCUGGCUCCUGCCAUUCUCGGAAAUCAGGACUGCUGUGCGUGUGCCCAAUGUGUGUGGCAACCUCCCAGCUCCAUGCCCCUCCACCUGGCAUCCCGCUGCUCAAGGCAUCGUUCUCUUCCUUCAGCUCCCAGUAUUGCCCAUCGGGUUUGGGCAGGCAGCAUUCGGGAUCCUCACCCCUCAACCUGAGCCAUGGUCCAGCCAUUUACCAGGCGGCGUACCCGAUGCCAGAUCCCCGGCAGUUUCACUGCAUCUCUGUCGACACAUCUUCCAGCCAGCUGCCCAGCAGUAAGAGAAUGCGCACAGCUUUCACCAGCACCCAACUCCUGGAACUGGAGAGAGAGUUCGCCUCCAACAUGUACCUGUCCAGGCUCAGGCGCAUAGAGAUCGCUACCUACCUCAACCUGUCCGAGAAGCAGGUGAAGAUCUGGUUCCAGAACAGAAGGGUCAAGCACAAGAAAGAAGGGAAGGGCAGCUCCCAUCGGGGCAGUCCUCACAACUGCAAAUGUUCGUCAUUUCCAUCCACUAAGUGUCUGGAGGAUGAGGAAGAUGAUGAUUCGGUCAUGUCACCUUCUUCUUCAGAAAAGGAGGACAGGGACCUUUCCCCGAGCCCAUAA